AGGUGAGGUUAGUUCAUCGGUGAGGUUUGAGAGUAAUUCACUACACAAAAAAGAAAAAAAAUUGAGUGCCCUCCCCCAAAAACAAAAUUGGUAGAUAACGAGCAAUUGUGUUUUUUUCUCUCAUUUGAUCUUUGAAUUUUUACAUUUUCUUGCAAUUUCCCCCCUAUUCUGGUGUCCCUCGCUUCUGUGAAUCAUCUGUCUUUCAAAAAGAAAUAGAAAAGAAAAUUCGAUUUCUGGGUUUGUUUUUGUCAUACAGAAAAAUCAAGCUUAUGAAUUUGUGUUCAAUUUUUUGUUUUAAUUUGAAAGGCAGGUAUUUUCAGAACGAGAUCUUUUUUCCAAAUUUCUUCUGAUUUUACCCUUUUUUUCUUCUUCUUAGAUUUUAGUAAACCGAGGGUGAAUUUUUGAUUCCCUCUUUUUGGAUCUAACAGAGGUUGCUUAUUUCAAACCUUUUAGAUCCAUUUUUUUUAUUUUUCUUGAAUUUUCUCGGAAAAUCCUUGUUUCUUUACUUUUGAUAAGAUUCAGGUUCUUUUUUUCGGAUUCAAAUGGCAGCUGCUAUGAAUUUGUACAGUAGUAGCAGAACGUUUCAAGCAUCAGAUUCGUUUGGUGGUAGUGGUGGUGAACUCAUGGACGCGCUUGUACCUUUUAUCAAAAGCGUUUCCGAUUCCCCUUCUUCCGCGUCUGCGUUUCUUCAUCCCGCAGCGUCUGCGUCUGCGUUUUCUCUUCCUCCUCUCCCCGGUUAUUACCCGGAUUCAACGUUCUUGACCCAACCGUUUUCAUACGGGUCGGAUCUUCAACAAACCGGGUCACUAAUCGGGCUCAACAACCUCUCUUCUUCUCAAAUCCAGCAGAUCCAAUCUCAGAUCCAUCAUCCUCUACCUCCGACGCAUCACAACAACACUUUCUCGAAUCUUCUCAGCCCAAAGCCGUUACUCAUGAAGCAAUCUGGAGUCGCCGGAUCUUGUUUCGCUUACGGUUCAGGUGUUCCUCCGAAGCCGACGAAGCUUUACAGAGGUGUGAGGCAACGUCACUGGGGUAAAUGGGUGGCUGAGAUCCGUUUGCCGAGGAAUCGAACUCGUCUUUGGCUUGGGACCUUUGACACGGCGGAGGAAGCAGCGUUGGCCUAUGAUAAGGCGGCGUAUAAGCUGCGCGGCGAUUUCGCCCGGCUUAACUUCCCUAACCUACGUCAUAACGGAUCUCACAUCGGAGGCGAUUUCGGUGAAUACAAACCUCUUCACUCUUCAGUCGACGCUAAGCUUGAAGCUAUUUGUAAAAGCAUGGCGGAGACUCAGAAACAGGACAAACCGACGAAAGCAUCGAAGAAACGUAGUUCAUCGGUGACGGAGAAGAAGGUUUCGUCGCCAGAUCUAUCGGAGAAAGAGGUCAAGGCGGAGGAAAAAUCGGUCUCGACUGCUGGAUCUCCACCAGUGACGGAGUUUGAAGAAUCCACCGCGGGAUCUUCGCCGUUGUCGGACUUGACGUUCGCUGAUCCGGAGGAGCCGCCGCAGUGGAACGAGACGUUCUCGUUGGAGAAGUUUCCGUCGUACGAGAUCGAUUGGGAUUCGAUUUAGCUUAGGGGCAAAAUAGGAAUUUCAGCCGCUUGCAAUGGAGUUUUUGUGAAAUUGCAUGACAGGCCUAAAAGUAAUUAAUUAAUUAUGGUUUAGUUGUUAAAUUUCGUAUUAUGUUAAUAUUUUGUAUUAUGGGUUUGUAUUAGUCUCUGUGUCGGUCCAGCUUGCGGUUUUUUGUCAGGCUUCGACCAUGCCACAGAUUUCAUUUUAUGUAAUCUUUUUUUUUUCUCUGUCUUAUGUAAUUUGUAGCCUCAGUGCCUUUAUCUUAAUGCAAUUUUAUUUUAGUUUUUGUAGUAAA